CCGUGGAAAUGGACAGAGUGUUAAAACGCGUGGGCCUUUCGAAAAGAACUCAAUCUGAGAUAAAGGCCCAAGAGCAGACCACUAGUGAGGAAAAAACGAAAAUACGCCGCCGCCGCAGGAGCAAAUCGCGACGGAGGUCUAGUCAGGAGAGUAAAAAAACACGCGGACUAUUUAAUAUUGAUUGGGAAUCGGUAAAAGACUGUAAAUCCUGCAAGUCGAGGGCCAUCACAAGGCGGUUUUGCAGCAAAAGAUGUGAUAAUGAGCUCUAUAGGUCCAAUAGUUUCAAGUUCGAACGAUUCAUCAGGGGCAGUGAGGAAGCCUCCACUUUGGGCAAAAAGAUUUCCUUGUGUGAUGAUUAUAGUCUACCAGUCGACAAUUUAGGAAAUAAGAGAAGACCCAAUAGUAUUGCAGUUCCUAGUCUCACCGAAUGGAAUAUCGCUAGUCCAAAUGAAGAAAAGAUUGAAAUUUUGGAGACAUACUCGACUCCGCGCGACUCAAGGCAACAGCUAAUUCAAGAGGAUAUUGAAACCAAAUGUUUUACCAGCCCUGAUCGAGAGUACUCGCAACCCUACACGACAGAGGGUUCUUCAGAAGCAACUUCCGAUGACGAGUUUUUCGGUCACCAGCACAUCUCUCUGACGAAGCCUCAGGAAUUGAAUUCGCCGGAUAGCAUAGCCGAGGCGAUCCUUCCUCAACUCAGUACACACUCGCCCAAUCGCUGCGACAUAAAAAGACACCCUUCGCCUUAUUACUACGCUGAUUUAUACAAAAACAAAGCCGACGAAUCAAAAACCUGUCCGGCAAAACUGCGCAAAGAUCCGAUCGUUCAGCCGAAACCGUCUCAGGAUGUUUUAGAAUCAAACCACUUGAGCAACCAAAAAAUCAAAUCAUCGCAUAGAAAAUACCGGAAAAGCUUUAGUCUAGAUAACCCAAAUUUGGAUAAACCAAUCCGAGCCAGGUCGCACAGUCGUUUGAAGUAUAAAAAAAGUUCGAGUGUUGACACACAAAGCACUGAUUCAAGGGAUGCGCCUAAUGAGGCGGUUAUGCCUCCGAAUAGACUGACUUCACCCUGUGCUUGUCUCACCCCCGACGAUGGCUUAGACGACGAAAUGACACGCCAAAGGCAUGUAUACGAAACCGCUUUUGACUGUCGCAUUAGCAAGUCUGAUGACGAUUUAGAUCAGAUUGACAAAGUAUCAAACCAUCCUGUCCUCGUACAAUUGAGUAACUCGAGGGAAAAUCGACCUGGGCCGUCCGUUGAUAGCAAUACACCACAAAACAGGCGAAAAGUCACACUACUUUGCCCCAAACCGAGCCAAGAGGACAAUAACUCUGUCGGCGCGCUCUCCCAGAAGCUGCAGGAAAUGCGCUUGCCAGAAGAAGCGUCUGUCGUUUCUGGGGCUUUGUCCUUGCCCUUGCGAGGUUACACACCAUCCCCUCCGUCCACUGCCCCUCUUCCGACAAAGUUUCCCGGUAAAGAACUGGUAAUGAACAGUAUUCGUAGUGCCCCGAAUUUGCCAUCGCAUCCGAAAAGUCGAUUAAAAGACUUGCAUCUUCCGGUGAAGUCUCUGAGAGGUCGUUCGUCUAAUAGUAGUAGUGGCAGUUUACAAAUCCAGAGAAGUGCUUUCGAUAUCGAGUUUGGUAACAGUAAGCUCAUCUCAGAAUUUAAAGGACGGCCUAGUCAAUCGAAAGAUGGUGACCAGGAGAGGAUUUUUAAAAUAAAAGACUGGCCGCGACAAGAGUUGUUGCUACUCAAGCGUCAUAAAGGGACUAAAGAGACUAUUUUGGAGUUCAAGGGUAGACGCAGGAGACACAAGUAUUCAAGUACGGAAAGCAUGACGGCUAGUAGUAGUGGCGGUAGCAUGGAAAGUAUUAAAAGUAGUACUAGUGAGGGUAAUAGGAGUACGACAAGUUCGGACAGCCGGCAAUCGUCGUCUCUCAGUUCCCACAGUUCGGAUAGUGGAGGAACAAAAGCUUAUUGUGGGACCCAAAAUUCAAGUUUUCUAGCUCACGCAAACAAACUCCAUAUUCUGAGCCCAAUUUCGGACAAAUCAUCUCAGGAACCAAUCUCAGAAACUUCCGACAACAAUCGAAACAACAACUCGCAGAAAUGCUCGCCGGAAGAAGUCGCAACUCCCGAAACUAUGAAAGUGAAACGCCGCCUACCUCAAAACAAAAAUUUAUUAAAUUUGGGGUUCCACACGGGUGAUCUCGAGAUCCAAGGUUCCGAUAGUGGAAUUUCAAUCCAAUCCCGCGAAGGUAUCAAAUCGCGCUUCGGGUUUACCGCUGUUGAAUUACCGAGUCAACAAGAUUUUUCCGAUUUGCCAUUCGAUAUGCCCAAAUUGCGACGCCGACGGAUGAUUACACAAGACGCGUGCACGUCAGGCAGUGCCACUUCGGUUGAUUUGAGAGAUUUGCCUUUCGAUAUGCCCAAACUGAGACGGAGGCUUAGAAUACAGCAGCCCAGUACUGAGUCAAGUGUCUCGCAAGCCUCGUCCAGUCAAAGUGUCAUCGAAGCUGACAGGCAAGUGUCUUCUUUCCGACCGAAGCUGACCCUGAAUUUGGGGGAGUUAGAUAUGCGUCAGCGUCCAGGCCUAGGAUUAUCUCUUGUUGGACUUGGAAUGAACUUGAAUAAUCCCGAAAACCCAUCAACAGCGGACGUCAUUGAUGUCAAUUUGCCACUGGAGAAGCAAGGAUGGUUCCACGGAGCUAUCACUCGCGUCGAGGCGGAGAACGUACUCAGGAUGUUACGAGAAGGGAGUUUUUUAGUCAGGAAUAGCGAAUCGACGAAACAGGACUAUUCGCUCUCGUUGAAGAGCGCUCGUGGUUUUAUGCAUAUGAGGAUACAGAAGGACGGCACCGAUGAGUGCUACAUUUUAGGACAGUUCAGUAAGCCGUUUCAUUCGAUUCCGGAAAUGAUCCACCAUUUUUGCAUAAACCGGCUGCCUAUACGAGGGGCGGAACACAUGUGUUUGUUACAGCCGGUCAUUGCGCAACUCUUGUGAUAAGAUAAGGUUUGCUUUUCUCUUAUAAAAGUACGACUUGUACUUUAUAAGACGCACAUUUAUUAAAGAAACGAUCUAUUUUUUCUGUAAAACGGUUUAAACAAAAUGGCUUCCACAUGAGUAGAGAAAAUGAGAUUUUUAUCUACAGUGUUAUUUGUUAUUGAUCACUUUUUAGUUUGCCGUAUGAGAUAUGGCAUCACUUUGUUAAGUAGUAAUUAGGGUUCGGAUAAUUUUAGAAAGGUUAUCCGGGCUCUAGUAGUACCUAAUAUGACGACGUGCAAUAUUUUGUUAGCCUACAUUGUUUUCAAAAUCGUUUAGUUUUGCGUUGUUUAGUUUAGGGGUUUUAGUACGGCUACAGAAACUAUAUUGCCAAAGAAAAUGACUGUGAAUAAAAUAUACAUACCUAUAUAUUAUAUACAUUUCAGUGUUAAGAGAAAUUAGUUAUAGGUGUAGGGUUUAGAUCAAUGUUUUAGCAUUAGCAUUCUAAGAAAAAACAAAGCAAAUAUAAAAGUACUUUAAUAUUAUAUUACAUUUCAAUCACAUUAACGCUCAUUACAACAUAAUAUCUAUUUUAGUAAGUAUAUUUAUUUCCGAUUUCUAUUAUUAAUUAAUCUUUCAAAAAUUGACUCUUAAAUAAUCUUUAAACUGUUCUAGAUGCUAUAUUAUUUACCAAUGUAAUAUAGUUUAGAGACUUUGUGAUGAAUGUGUUAAUAAGGGACUGAAUAAAAGUACGUAA